AUAAUAAUGGCCUAUCACCGUCAAUAUUUGGAGGUUUAGCUCUCGACGUAUCUCCCAUUCGUCCCACAAACAAUAAAAUAAUUCUUCACUUGAUUUUACUGGCAGCAAUUCUUGUACAAAGCCACAUGAUCAAAACCGAAGGUGGCCCAUAUAUCUUCUUAAUCUAUAGGCAACCGACAGUUGCUUACUUCUGGAGUUGAGAAGAAGACUUGUAUAGUUAAUAAUAUAACAUUCUAACUCUACAUCCGGGCAAUAGUUACUACUACCCGGAUGUAGAGUUGAUCACUUGCUUACGCUAACUAACAGCAAUUUUGUGUAAUGGAGGAAGGAAAUCUAAAAUCAUGACCCGAUGCACCAAGAAGAACUGGCAACUGUACUAGAAGGUCAUCAUCUCCUAGAAGGUGGAGGUGAUGGGAACUACUCCGAUAUCUCUUCUGUCUUUUCUUCUCCUCGAAUCUUAGGACUUAACAGCAGCCCGGAAAGUAGGAAUUGUUCAAUAAGUCGCAACGACUGAUGAGUCUUCCCGUUAAUCGUCCCGCAAUCAUAACUCCUCUGGGCUUUCAGUAUGAUAUGGGAUUGGAGUAUCACCCGUCGUACAAAACCCAAAGAUGUCAAACAAAAUCAAACAGCGAACCAUUUCAGUGCAACGACUAGCGACCUGAAAGGAGAUAAGAACUGCCAGAUGCACACUUGUGUACUAUCCAAACAACCGCUGUACGAAUGGAAAAGUUUCUUAUCCAAGGCUGCGCGCGGGUAUCCGACUGUGGGGAAUGGCACUUACCACAGCUGUCAAAUCAUUUUAGCUAACUACAUUAUAUACAUUAUUCAAAAGUGAUUCAAUGGAGAAUUCAACGGUGGAUACAGUACAAUUUCAUGGAAUCGUC